CAAUUGUAUGAUUCUUUUGGCGCUAAAGAACGUUAGCGUUUUGGGUUAUAUUUAUUUAUAACUAUAAAUUAUUGAUGAUAAAAGUGUUUUAAGUGUAGUUUGUUUGCAAAAAUUGAUAAACUGAAAAAUUGAAAUGGAUGCACAAGAUGUAGAUCGAACAUUGAGGGACAUCCAAAAAGAAUAUUUAGAUUUUUUGGAUGAUGAGGAAGACCAAGGAAAGUACUCACAGUUAAUAAAAACCAUGCUAGAAGAAAAAAGUCGACGAUUAAUAGUUAAUAUAAAUGAUCUACGAAGAAAGAAUCCUGUCAGGGCUAAUGAGCUCCUUACCAACUCUUUUCAAGAACAAAUAGCUUUCCAGAAAGCCUUAAAAGAUUACCUUGUAGCAGUGCCUGAUUUUCAAAUAAAGGAUAAUGAGGAAUAUUUUAUUGGUUUUGAGGGCAGUUUUGGGAAUAAGCAUGUGACCCCUAGGACACUUCAUUCGCGUUUUCUGGGUAAUCUUGUCUGUGUGGAAGGAAUAGUAACAAAAUGUUCUUUAGUGCAUCCCAAGGUUGCACGUAGUGUUCAUUACUGUCCUGCUACAAAGAAGGUAAUGGAAAGGAAAUAUACUGAUUUGACAUCAUUAGAAGCAUUUCCAACAAGUUCAGUUUAUCCGACUAAAGAUGAAGAUGGCAACUUGUUGGAGACUGAAUUUGGAUUGUCAACUUAUCGAGAUCACCAAACUCUUUCUAUUCAAGAAAUGCCUGAAAAGGCACCUGCAGGACAACUUCCACGAUCUGUAGACAUAAUUUGUGAUGAUGAUUUAGUAGAUUUAUGUAAACCAGGGGAUAGAAUUCAAAUUGUAGGAAACUACAGGUGUCUGCCAAAUAAACAAGGAUAUUUCACUUCAGGAGCCUUUAGAACUGUCAUAAUUGCCAACAAUAUUCAACAGCUCAGUAAAGAAGCAGAUUGCAGUAUAACCAGAGAAGAUGUGGCAAAAUGUAAAGGCCUGGCCAAAAAGCAUAAAGAUGUUUUUGGUCUUCUGGCUAAAUCUUUGGCUCCCUCAAUCCACGGUCACGAUUACAUAAAAAAAGCAAUUCUUUGCCUUCUCUUGGGGGGUGUCGAAAAAGUUCUUCCUAAUGGCACUAGACUAAGAGGUGAUAUAAACGUCCUUCUGGUUGGAGAUCCAAGCGUUGCAAAAUCCCAACUCCUACGUUACGUUCUUCAUACAGCCCCUAGAGCUAUCACCACUACGGGUAGGGGCUCUUCUGGUGUGGGUUUAACAGCAGCUGUUACUACUGACCAAGAAACAGGCGAAAAAAGAUUGGAGGCAGGCGCUAUGGUUCUGGCCGAUAGAGGAGUUGUAUGUAUUGAUGAAUUUGAUAAAAUGACUGACAUUGAUCGAACAGCAAUCCAUGAAGUUAUGGAGCAAGGCAGAGUUACCAUUGCAAAAGCGGGGAUUCACACUAGUUUGAACGCUAGAUGUUCCGUCUUGGCAGCAGCCAAUCCGGUUUAUGGAAGAUAUGAUCAGUACAAGACACCAAUGGAAAACAUUGGUCUUCAAGAUUCUCUUCUGUCACGUUUUGAUUUACUAUUUGUUAUGCUUGAUACAGUUGAUGAGGAUCAAGAUAACAGAAUUGCUGACCACGUUGUUCGAAUGCAUCGAUACAGGAAUCCUUUAGAACAAGACGGCGAAGUGUUACCCAUGAGUUCAAACGUUGAUUUCCAAAGUACCUAUAAUAUGGAUGAAGCAAGUGAUGAAGCUAGGGAAACCGUUAUAUAUGAAAAAUAUGAUCCUCUAUUACACGGUCCUCAUCGUAAACGUUCAGAUAAAUAUUUAAGUGUGGACUUUAUGAGAAAAUACAUUCGUCUUGUUAAAAUUUUGAAACCUGUUCUUACUGAAGAAGCUUGCGAAAUUAUCGCAGAUGAAUAUUCCAAACUUAGAUCGGAGGAAAAUUUAGAAGCUGAUGUUGCCAGAACGACUCCUGUGACUGCUCGUACACUAGAGACUAUGAUUCGUUUAUCCACAGCUCACGCUAGGGCUCGAAUGUCUCGUACGGUAACUGAAGAUGAUGCACAUGCAGCGAUCGAACUGGUACAAUUUGCUUACUUCAAGAAAGUUCUUGAAAAAGAAAAACGUAAAAGGAGGAGAGUGUCAGAAAACGAAUCAAGUGAUGAAGACGAUGAUCAAAGGCCCAAAAGAACUAGGACUCAAGAAACAGGUUCUGAACGAGAAACCAGAUCUUCUCAAAGAAGGACAAGUACUGAAGGGGAAGACAGAAUGGAUGUGUCAUUUGAAAUUAACGGAGAGACAAAUACAACUGUUAUAGUUCAUGAAGAAAACAAAGAAGCAGAAGAGACCAUGGAAGUUGAUGCCAGUAUUUCUGAUGAUAGACUUCAAAAGUUUAAGAAAAAUCUUUUACAACUUUUCAAAGACAACCGAACUUCAUCCCUAGCCUUGGCGAAAAUAAAGGAGGGCGUAAACGUCGAUAUGGCAAGCCCAUUUACUCAAAACGAAAUUACAGCAGCAAUUAAACGUAUGACUGAAGAUAAUCAAGUUAUGAUGGCAGACGGAAUUGUUUUUCUAAUUUAAGAAUUUGAUGCCUUUCUUAGGGCCUUUUUCUGAUUUUACCUAUACUCAAUAUUUCCAUAUAUUUGGAAUCUUCGAUAAGUAAUUAAUUAAAUAAGAAGUAAAUCAAAGCCAAGAAAAAUAUCUUAUCAGUCAAUUUAUUUUUAUAUUCUUUAAAUUGCCAAGUAACUUUGUGUACAAAAUAUAUCACAUUAUAAUAUAAUUAAAGUAAAUCAAUAACAGAUGUAAUUUAAUGAUGA